UUUGUUGUGAUUUUGAUUUGAUUCGAUCUUAUGUGCUGUUGCUGUUGCUGUUCUUCCGGUUUUGACUCCUUUGAACAAUUCAUUCUCAUACUGCAAUGCUCUGACUGAAUCCUUUUCCAAUUACAAUUUAUUAUUAUUUUAGCCAAUGCAUUAUCUUUUAUCUCCAUGGCGUAAUGGUGAGGAGUACUUUAUUACACAUUCAUGCUUUCUGUUGCUUAAUUCUCCUCCCUUCGUUCACCCACUUUGCUCUUUGCUCGUAGGAAUUUGUGUGCUUGUAGCAGUGAUUGAUUUGGAUUUGGAUUUGAAUUCAUUGCGCACUCACAAGUGAAAAGUGCAGUCCAAGAAAGGGUAUGUGUAAUACAAUUUCAUUUCAAUGAAAUGGCAGCCAGAAAAGCAAUCAUAGAAUCUCCUACCUGGAGGCCAAGGUCCAGAUUCACAUCAGAGGUCCAGCUUCAUCUCUGUGGAUCACAUUUCACCCUCGACAAGGAGCUUUUGGCUAGCAAAUCGGCAAAGGUAUCGAACCUGUUGGAGAGGAAUCCAUAUGAGGAUCUUUCGGCGGCACUCCGCGACAUCCCGGCUGAUCAAGAAUCGAUGGAGCUUGUCGGGAGAUUCUGCCACGGCUUCGAGAUCAACCUGUCAACAGAAAACAUAGUCCGCAUCGCUUGUGUCGCGCAUUACCUCGAGAUGACGGACAGCCAUUGCCGUGACAAUUUGUUGAGCACGGCUUUAAUGUUUUUCGAGCGCUGCAUAGUGACGAGCUGGAACAACUGCAUCAAGGCUCUCAAGAGCGCCGAGAAUGUCCUCCAACAUGCAGUGAAGCUCGGCCUGGUUUCCUACUGCGUGGAAUCGAUAAUCUUGAUGGUGUUAGAAGAUCCCCAUUUGCUCGGAGAACCGCUCGCGGAUCCAAACUCAGACGACGAGGAUGAUGACGAAAGUGACGAUGAGAAUGAAAACACUCACCAGACUCACCAGCCUAUCGACCGGGAGAAACUCUUUGGGGUCGAAUGGAAAUCCGAGGAUCUAACGACGCUGUCGUUGAGACUUUAUAUGCCUAUAAUUCGCGCGAUGGCUCAGCGCCACGCCCCGGAAGAAUACGUAGCUGCAAAUCUGUGUCAAUAUACCCAGAAAUGGGUAUUUUCGAACGUUAAAACAGGAGAAAACUUGCCAAUCUACAAGAAGACUUCUUACAAGGAGACAGUCGAAGCUGUCGUAAGUCUGCUGCCUCAGCAGCGAGACGUUGUUCCUUGCUCGUUCCUGUUUGAACUGCUCCGCUACAGCGUCGCCCUGGAUGUUACCGCAGAUUGCAAGAACGAGUUAGAGAUCAGAAUCGGAAAGCAGUUAGAUCAGGCAACCGUCAACGAUCUGUUAAUACCUUCACAAGGGUACGCGAAGGACGAGCAGUACGACACCGAGCUUGUACGACGGAUCCUCAAGCAUUUCUACUGCAACUACGUCGGGCCACAUGCGUGCGGGCUGAACACCGUGGCUGACCUCAUCGACGACUUCUUGGCGGAGAUCUCGGCCGACAUCGACCUGAAAGUGAGCACGUUCCUCGAGUUUGCCGACAUAUCGGUUGCAGCGUCGACGGGGACUCCGAGAACCUCGGAUGGAAUAUACAGGGCCAUCGAUAUCUACCUCGACAAGCACCGGUACCUGACAGAGUCGGAGAAGGAGGAGCUCUGCAAGGUGUUGGACUGCAACAAGCUGUCAAUCGAAGCCUGCGAGCACGCCGCGCAGAACGAGAGGCUCCCGGUGCGGAUCAUCGUGCAGGCGCUGUUUGCGGCGCAGCUGAAGCUGAGAGAGGUGAUACCUAAAGAAAUGCAGAGCAAUGGUGAGACGACGGCAGCAGCGGCGACGCGUGAGGAGAUAGAGAAGAUGGGGAGUAAGGUGAUGGAGCUGGAGAGAGAGUGCAAUGCAAUGAAGAGGGAGAUGCAGAUAGAGAAAAAGAAGAGUGGGGGUAGAGUGAGAAAGAAGAAGAAGAGAGUGAACAUAUGGAAAGAAAUGAAGAAGAAGAUGGGGUGUAAGAGUAAGACAACAAAUGUGGAGGACUGCAAUUGCCAUGUAAAGAAGAAGGUGCAUCCAAGCUAAGAUUUUUUUACCUCUUAAGUCGAACAAUACACAGCCAUUAGAGCAGAGCAGAGCAGAUUGAAUAAGUUGUUUGUUUAGGACAGAAUCCGAUCGUACUUUUCUGGAGCUUUGAAUUUUUGUGUGUAUGUAUCUGCUGCUCAUCACUCCAAACUUGGAAUCAAUGGCCGAAAUCAAAGAUAAUGAGUAUUUUGGUGAAAUAAA